GGGCGGUGCGCAUGCGCGGCGGGCACUCGCCCAGGCGGCGGGGCUGGCGAGAGCGCUGAGGCCGAGGGUGCUGCGAGGCAAGGCAGCCAGCGAGUCAGCCAGCCAGCCAUCCAGCGGGAGCAGCGAGGCAGAUGAUGUACGCCGGCCGCCCGCCGCUUCUCUGCACGCCCGUCGUCGUCUCCACGUCUUCAUGAAUUAGCGCUGCGGGUGGGGGCGACGGACCGGAGCGAGCGCCCCAGCAGAACCGGCGCCCCAGGCAUGGCCAGCUCGGGCGCCGUCCAGGUGAAGCUGGAGCUGGGACACCGAGCCCAGGUCAGGAAGAAACCCACCGUGGAGGGCUUCACCCACGACUGGAUGGUGUUCGUCAGAGGACCCGAGCACAGCAACAUUCAGCACUUUGUGGAGAAAGUCAUCUUUCACCUGCACGAGAGCUUCCCCAGGCCUAAAAGAGUGUGCAAGGAUCCACCAUACAAAGUUGAAGAAUCUGGGUAUGCUGGUUUCAUUUUACCAAUUGAGGUUUACUUCAAGAACAAGGAAGAACCUAAGAAAGUUCGAUUUGACUAUGACUUAUUCCUGCACCUUGAAGGCCACCCACCUGUAAAUCAUCUCCGCUGUGAAAAGCUCACAUUCAACAACCCGACAGAGGAAUUCAGAAGAAAGCUGCUAAAGGCAGGAGGGAUCAUGAUGAUGUCAGAUAGCACAUCAUUCUCUUCAGGACAGAGCCUUCAUCUCCCCAACCUGCCCAGUAAUUCCCUGUCUUUUUCUGAAGUGAAGAAGAAAUCAUCUCAUGGGCCAAAGGACCCAACUAGGAUUCUGAACACAAAUAGUAGCAGCAGCAGCAGUAGUAACAGUUUUUCCAAGACCAAGUUAACAAAGGAGCACAAGGAAAAAACUUCUAAAGACUCAAAAGAACAUAAAAGUGCCUUCAAAGAACCUUCCAGGGAACACAACAAAUCUUCCAAAGAAUCCUCUAAGAAACCCAAAGAAAACAAACCACUAAAAGAUGAAAAAAUAGUUCCUAAGAUGGCCUUCAAGGAACCCAAACCCAUGUCCAAGGAGCCAAAAUCUGAAAACACCCCCAUCCUUACUAGUACAGGUGGGCAGCAGCAAGAAAAGAAGACCCCUACAAAAAGGCCAUCUGUUCUGGACUCUGAUGAACCUUCUGCAAAAAAAAGAAAAAAAAGUGGCUCAGAUUCAUUAUUUAAAAGUUUUUCUAGUGCCCCACCACUGAUUCUUACGUGUUCAGCUGACAAAAACCAGACAAAGGACAGAUCUCAACUCAAGGUGGGGAGAGUCAAAAUUGAAAAUGAUGCACUGGAAAGGAAGACGCCUGCUCUACCGCCAUUUGAUGAUAUUGUAGAUCCCAGUGAUUCUGACAUGGAUGAAAACAUGUCCUCCAAAUCUGAACCCAGUCCUGCAAGUUCCAGCUCCAGUUCCAGUUCCAGUUUUACACCAUCUCAAAACAGCAGACAACAAGGUCCCUUGAGGUCUGUAAUGAAAGAUCUGCAUUCAGAUGAUAAUGAAGAUGAAUCAGAUGAAGCAGAGAAGAAUAAUGAUUCUGAGUUGGAACGACCUGUAAAUACACGAGGAGGAAACAGAAGUCGCAGGGUUAGUCUGAGUGAUGGCAGUGACAGUGACAGCAGUUCAGCUUCCUCACCACUACAUCAUGAGCCAGCACCACCUUUACUGAAAACCAACAACAAUCAGAUUUUAGAAGUGAAAAGUCCAAUAAAGCAAAACAAAUCUGAUAAACAAAUAAAGAAUGGGGAUUGUGAUAAGGUAGUAAAUCUUAUAGAAGAAACUGGACACUUUCAUAUCACAAAUACAACGUUUGACUUUGAUCUUUGCUCACUGGACAAAACCACAGUCCGUAAACUACAGAGUUAUCUGGAAACGUCUGGAACCUCCUGAGGAUUCAGCAUCUGGCUGCAUCAAAAACUGUUCUUUAAAUGACACAUUCAGAAUGAUGCAACCAAAAUGGGGAGAAGGAACAAAACAACCGUCUUCAGCUUUAUUUUUCCUUAAAGCCAGUCAUCAUCUCUUAAUAAGGGAGAAAAAAAGUGACAAGACUCAGAGGACCGCUCUUCUGAAGAAGAAAAUACUCUGGAAGAGUUUGCCUGGAUAGCCUUGAAAAACAAACACACAAAGACAAAAAUACUUGGUCUUAAUGAAUGUGUAUGGUAUCAUGUAUCUCUCUCUGUGGUGUUCCAGUCCACAAGAUGAAUGCAUGUUCAGCACACUGCCUUAUUACAUAACUGAUCUAUUUAUUAUUGCAUACAUGUAUUCUAAAAGUCAUUGAAUGACACUACCAGAUGUUGCAAAUAGCGGGGUCCCAUGUGUGCUCUUUUCAUGCAGUACUAUCACAAGCCUGGUAAACCUUAUUCAUGUUAAAAUGCCACUUCUUGCUAUCUUUUUCUAGUCAUUUAAAACACUACAGUCUUGUUUUCACUUCUGCAUUCCAGGAAACAAGAUACAAAGUUGAGGACCAAACAGCGGUCCUGUAUUUUCUUUCCUAUCUGUCACAGCAGGUUGCACUGCAGGUCCUUGGUUCUAUCCAUUUAUUGAUCUUGGUCACAGUAGGAAAUGCACCAAAUAGGAUCAUAUGACUUGCUGUCUAGCCUUAGUGAAUAAACCAGUAGGGCUUUUAACGAAAAACUAUGUAUACUGUCCUGAAUCCAGCAUCUUUUCCAGUCUCCAUUCUUGUGUCUGUUUUAAUGUUACAAAAUUAAAUAUGAGUGAAGGUGUUCUGCAGUAUCAUCAUACAAGAGGAAAUACUGGUCCUGUCUUCUAAGAAAGUGUUGUAGAAAAUUCUUAAUUUGGAGCUAUUUAUUACUAUAAGUUUUAACACUCCUCUGCUGCCAUUGUGUAACUAACUUUUACCAUAAAGCUAUAUGCAUAAUAGUUUUGUUUGUUCAUGUAAUAUGUGGUCUGCUUAGUUUGUUUUGGGGUUUUGUUUCCGGUUUUGUUGGUUUUUUUACAACUGCUAAAUUAAAACCCAUUAUUUGAAAAGAAAAAUUAUGUUGUUACACAGUUACAUAUUGGAAUAUAUACAUAUGAUAUAUUGUGUAUAUAUAUGUGUGUGUAUAUAUGUGUACACACACCUGUAUAUAUAAACACACACAUAUACAUACCUGCUUUUUAACACUUCCCAGAUUUUCUUAUCUUUUCAACAAGCCACUUGUGUUUCCAGAAGGAUUUCUUGUCUAUAAAAAUGCGUAUUCUGUCAUACCAUCUGUUAUACAUUAAAAGCAGGAUCCUUGUUUAUGCGUGAUCAAAUGAGAGGAUGUGUACUCACUUUCCCAUCAAAACUCCGUGCUCUCAUAUUGCUGAUGGUUUCUUGAUGAAAUCAUCAUCGUUCUAUUAGAAGUUCAAAUCCUCCAAUGAAAAGAAAAUAGAACUAAAAUAAUACUUCUGGAAGCACAGGUUUAUUCAGGUUUACCUGCCUUACAAAAUGUAUCUUGUUUCUGGACAGGCCAGUAUGUAAUGUGUAUGCUUACAUGCCAUGUGUAGUCUGUAUGUGUAGAGCUGAACAGUAGUAUCUGUAUGACUUACUGUUUCAUGCGCACAGAUUGUGCAGCACUGUAAAACUAAAUUUUAUUGGGGUUAUUUCUUAUUCAGAUGGUAAAUUUUAAUAGUGUUUCUUUAAGUCCAAAGAAGGUUUUACACUUUACUCUUUUUGAGAGGCAGGAUAUGGAUUGGGCUAUGGUUCUUUUUACUUAUUUAAAAUGUUGUUUGACCACACUCUGCAGGGAGUCCUUCUCAGGCUUCCCAAGAAUAAGUGUACUUUUUCAGUAAUGUUAUGACUCUUAUUGACGAUUGGCAUGAAGCAUACUUGAAGCAUUAUGUUGUUCUUUUAAGUCUAUGUCUUAAUGUGCAAUUGGGGAGCAGGGUGAGGGGAGGAGGAGCGGGAGUGUAAUUGCAAAGUUACUUUUGACAUAAGGCAGGUGGUGAUGGGGAUAGGGAAGGGAUGCAUGUGAAGGGGAUAAACUUCAAUUUUUAUUGAUUAUUUUGUAUGAAAAUGUUUGGAAAUCUAAAAGAAACCUUAAAAACAUUUGUUCUACUAGUGUGUGUUCAACUUCUUAUCUUUUAGUUAUACCAUAUACAUAUGGACUUCUGUCCACUUUGACUUUUCUAAGUUUUGUGGUAAAAACUCAUUUGAGUUUCAGGAGGGGAAGGAUCCCAUGAUUCUUCUAGGACAACUGUUGCAUUGUUUUGCUAGAAAUGGUGAAAUGAAUAAUUUUACCUUUAUAAUACCAGAUAAGCUUAAUUAUGCACUGAGAACAGGGUAGAAGAAAACAGCAAAUAGGAGAAUAGGCAUAAAAGGGAGAUGACAACAAUUACAGGGUCAACUUUGUACUGAAUUUCAUGCAAAUGGUGGAUCAUCCUUUAACUCUUUAAGUUUUCUAAUUUGAUGGGAGAAGGAAGAACGUAGUCUGCAGUUGUGUGUGUGUGUGUGCGCGUUGACUUUCACAAAAUUCUGAUAUAAUAAGAAUUACUAAGUGUUGAUCUACACUGAAAAAAUACAGUAGCUAUUUUGAUCUAAUUUUGUAUGCAGAAACAAAAUAAAUCCUUGUUCACUUAAUUUCAGACAUUCAUAUUUCUCUUAAAGAAAAAAUAGUAAGAUACCCUUCCAAGACUUUAAUGUAUAUGAACAUUGAUCUUUGGGAUGGGUUAGUGUUUUGGCAAUAAAUGUUUUGGAGUUUUACUUAACAUCAGGCUGUUUAAAACAAAGUUACACGUGAGAGUUUGGUUUUGUUGAGGUGACCAGGCAGAGGUCUGCAGUAAGUUGCAAUAUCUAAAAAAAAAAUUUCAGCAUGAGUUGCUGUUACCAGAACAGUAGUUAUAUGCAAUAGGAAGGACAGUUUGCAUCUCACCACUAACUUUACAACCUCAGAAAGUGGAUGUCCAAUACGGUUGAGAAGUUUUAAUAUCGUUUUGUAAGUCUGAAUCCACUGAGAGGCUUUACAAAAAAUUCAUUAUCAUCUGGAUGUUUAGGCCAUCUUAGUCCAUGCUAAAGAGAAAGAGCAAGAAAGGAGGAAGGGGCAUACACUGAAGUGAGGAGAGUCUUCCAAGGUAAAACAAAACCCAUGCUUAGUCUUCAGCCUUUGGAUCAUAAGAAAUGGUUGAUCAUUUCUCUCUCUCUUUUCAUGGGUUGUGUGGUUUUAGGUUAAGUCUAUGCUUUCAACUUCAGAAGCCAAGUACAUACAGUACAGUGCAUUUGGAGAGCCCAGUAUAUUUUUAUUA